AUGCAUUACAUUCAUACAUUGCAUCAACAUCAUAAAAAGCAAGCUCUUAGUUACCUCUUAUUUGUUUCAGGAAUUGAGAACUUGAAAAUGACAACUUCAAUGAGACACACUUUCACGCUUAAGUACAAGGAACCUAAGUUGGACAGUCUAAAGGGUUUGAUCUCUGAUUUGUCUCUCGGCAGACGUGAUGAGUUCGGAAAAAACUAUGGGAAAAUUUUGAACCUUCUAAAUAAGAAAGUUGACUAUGGAAUUAUUGGCUCUUUGGCACAAUAUUAUGAUCCACCUCUGCGUUGUUUCACAUUCGCUGAUUUCCAGCUAGCUCAUACUUUGGAAGAAGUUGAGAGAAUUGUGGGUCUCAAAAUGAAAGAUUUUAAUCCAUUUCCAAAGCUCGAAGGAGAUAUGGGACCAAAGAAGAUAGCUUCGGCCCUAAGCAUCAAUGUCCCGACUGUUCGAGACAAUUGGGCUGAAAAAGGGGGUUGCAAAGGUUUUGCCGCGAUGUUUUUGGAGGAUUUAGCUCUAAAGUUCAAGAAAAGUGGAAAUUGGAAUGCAUUCUAUGCUGUGGUGGCUUUAUUGAUCCAUGGGAUUGUGUUAUUCCCAAAUGUUGAAAAAUUUGUGGAUCAAGUGGCGAUAGAAGUCUUUUUCUCUGGCAAUCCAGUACCAUUUCUCUUAGCUGAUAUUUACUAUGCCCUUCACGCUCGACAUGAAAAGAGGGGUGGAAUGUUAUUGUGUUGUGCUCCUUUGCUUUACACUUGGUUCAUGCAACACAUGCCUGAAGAAGGUCCUUUUGUGGGUUGCAUCAACUAUAACCCUAUGUUAUCUCGAUUACAACACGGUUACCCCAUGGAUGGUCCUCCUGACGCAAAGGACUUACAGCCAUUUGUGCUCUCUGACAUCCAAGCAAGCAGUCCUGAUGUAAGAGCAGUACGAAAGGCUUGGUUAAAGAUUGUAAGAAAGGGUAAAGAGUUUGGAAAGAGAAACAUUCUUGCCAAAGAACCUUACACGCAAUGGGUGAAAGAAAUAGUUGAGAAAAUCCAGUUGCCAUAUAUCUUAAAGGCUCCAGCUUUUCCUAAAACUCCUGAGCCUGAGCCCAUACUCCCUGAGGACAUGGAGAAACUCGUUACUAAGGUUAAGGAGCUCAAAGUGGAGAAUACUGAAUUACGAAUUCAGAUGAACCGGGUUAUCUUGGAAAAUCAGAAUUUGAAAGAGGAACGUAAGGGAAAAGCCCAAGAACUUGAGGAUAGCAACAAGAGAGCUAGGCUUUUGGAAGACCAGAAAGAUGAUCUUGAUCAUAUCCUAUUAGGUUCCACAUCAGUGAUCCGAACCAGGAAGGAAGAGCUCAAGAAAGCUGAGUAUAGGAUUUGUGAGUUAGGGAGGCUGUUGGAUAAAUCUCUUAUAGAUAAAAAAGAAAUUAAGCUUGACUUUGAGGCACAAAUCCGUGACUUGAGGGACGCUCUGAAGAAAUGCGAGGAAAAGUUGUCUCACGAGAUCCUCCAAAAGGAAGAAGCUGAAAGAAAUUGUCACCGUCUCAGGUACCAGUUGGAAGAAGCUACGAGGAGGUUUGCAGUUUUGGAGAGCUAG